ACGAAUGACAACCCAAAACAGAUUUCAGGGUUCCCGAGAAAAUCAGUCUCAACGAAGAAUCAUGUUCUAAGAUUUCCAAGGAAAUACAAAACCAGGAAGACCAUUUCCAGCAGCCAAACAGGCUCUAAAAUUCUACUCUCUAUCAUCUCCACACUCUGCAAAUCUUCGAUCGCAAAACCUCAUCUUCAAUCUAUUUUGGUUGGUGGAUAGUAACAUUCUUAUGCUGAUAUAAUUGAAUCUUGUUUGGCUCCUAUUCAUCAAGAAAUAUUUUCUUGAUGCAAUGGUGGAUUUGGAUCAAGUAAUGUUGGGAAUCAGUGCUGGUCCUCUCUUCCUUAGUGGCUUUUAUUGCACCACAUUCCUCCUACAUACAACAGCUGGGUGCAAGGUGUAAAUUUCUGGAUCUUGCUCAUAGCCCUUGGUCAUUGGCAAGAGCUCUACAAAUAUAAGGAACAAUAGCUUAUUCGGGUGCUUUAUCAUCCUUUGAUUGGUGGAUAUGGAGUCCUCGGUUGAUGUAAUAAGAUCUUGCUUGGAUUCCAUUCAUCAGAUAUCAGACGAGGUUUCAGAUGCUACUGUGUAUCUAGAUGCUGGUUGUUCAGAGGCCUUCCAAUUUCUUGGUGCGUUGCCACUGUUGUUGGAACUUGGAGUGCGUGCUGUUUGCAGCUUGGAGAACAUGUCUCCACUUGAUGUUGUGGUUGAUUGGAACUCAACCUCGAUGGAUCCCACAAAGAAGAUGGUAGUCAUCACAUCACGCCUUCUAAGCGAUGCACAUCGGUAUAUUCUACGUUGCCUGAGCGCGCAUCAAACUGUUCUUUGUUGCACUAUAUUUACAUCUAUCUCAGAGAUAGCGCACUCUGCAUAUGUUGAUUCACCUCUAGGACCGGAUGCUUUUCGAGAAUAUGAAUCAUUACUCCUCCAAGAUUAUGAAGAGAUUGUUAGGAAGUCCAAUACGAAGGACCAUAUUUCACCACCGGUUAAUGAGUUCAGAGAGUCUCCAGGAAGCAAAUGUGAGGAAAGAUUGGUUGUGGAAGAUGAGGGUUGGUUGCCUUUGGCUUCAAAUGAAGAGGAUGUCCCUAGUCCCGUAGCUACCUCUACUGGAAGAGAUCUAGAUGAAGUGAGCUCAAUGAGUUUUACACAAGAUGGAUGGCCAAAAUUGGUCGUGUCCGUGCAUCAUUUUCCAAUGAUUUUGUGCCCUCUCUCACCAAGGGUCUUUGUCCUACCUUCUGAAGGAACCAUUGCCGAAUCAUGCUUCUCGAAUGACCAUGAAGAUUGUCUUAGUCCUGGACUGCCUCCUAUAAAUACAGGAGUAUCUUCUGAUGGUGAGGAUAUUCCUCCUGGAGCCAUUCAAACGGCACAUUUUCUUUACCAUCUGGUGACCAAGAUGGAUCUCAAGAUGGAAAUAUUUUCUCUUGGUGAUCUGUCAAAAUCAGUCGGCAAGAUUUUGACAGACAUGUCAAGCCUUUAUGAUGUAGGUCGGCGUAACAAAAGAUCAGCUGGCCUAUUGCUCAUCGACCGGACACUUGAUCUCAUGACACCAUGCUGCCACGGGGACUCACUCAUUGAUAGGAUGUUAUCAUCUCUACCCCGCAGGGAAAGAAUGACCUCUGCCGCACACACAAAGGGCCCACAACUCCAGAACAAACAUGCUUCUGUUAGUUUACAGCGGGCACCACUCGAUGUUCAAAUCCCACUUGGGAGAAUUUUCAGUGAAGAACCUGCAACUGGUGGGAUUCGGCUGUUAGAAAGCAUUGCAGCUGUUGCAUCAGGUUGGGCUUCUAGUGAUCCCCAAUCUCAACCCAUCGAUUCAGUUUAUCAAAACAUGAAGCACUCUGAGAUUGAUUUGCUAAAUGGCUCGUUUGUAUCCACUGAUAACUUUCAGGGAGCACACUACUUGGAAGCAAUACUUGAUAGAAAGACAAGAGAUGCAGCCUUACUUGUUAGGAAAUGGCUUCAAGAAACUCUACGCAGAGAGAAAAUACCUCUGAACAUGAAAAUUCGCCCUGGUGUUGCUACUGCACCAGAGCUUCAUGCCAUGGUUAAACUGCUGGCUUCAAACCAGGCAUCUUUUGUAAGAAACAAAGGGAUUAUUCAGCUAGCGGUAGCUGCUGAAAUAGCACUGAGCGAACCUCACCGUUCACGGUGGGACACAUUCAUCAGUGCGGAAAGGAUAUUGAGUGUAAGUGCUGGAGACAGCCAGAAUCUUUCGGGCCAAAUCCGGGAUCUCAUACAUAAAAGCAUGUUGGCAGGACCCCAUGAGCGCGGACUUCUUUCCUUCCGAGAUGUGCUUAUUCUUGCAGUUGUUGGAUAUAUGCUGGCUGGUGGAAGUUUCUCGACAUCUGGGUCUGGCGGGCCGUUCUCUUGGGAAGAGGAGCAUUCACUGAAGGAAGCAAUUGUGGAUGCAGUCCUUGAAAAUCCGGCAGCUGCAAGAUUUCAGUUCCUUCAUGGCCUAGAGGAAGAACUUGAAGCCAAUCUCAAAAAGUUGAAGUCUGAGGAGCCCAAGGAAGCUUUCUCUGGUAAAUCCACGCCUGUUGAUUUUGAUGAUCAGUGGGGCAGUUGGGAUGAUGAAGAUACAGAUCAGAGUAGCGAACAGGUAUAUAGUGACAUGCAGUUAAGAUUGGAGUUGCGGGAUCGGGUAGACCACAUUUUCAAGAUGUUUCACAAAUUAUCAGGCUUGAAGCGGAGGAACCCAAGUUUCAAAGAAGGGCUCUUGGCUUUUGAAAGUAACUCCGGAAGCGAUAGUUAUACAAGCAGAGGGCUGCUUUAUAAGCUUCUGACCAUGGUGUUGGGGAACUAUGAUAUUCCUGGACUGGAGUACCAUUCUUCUGUUGUGGGGCGGUUUUUCAAAAGCGGAUUUGGAAGAUUUGGCCUUGGACAGGCAAAACCAAAGUUGGGUGAACAGAACGUUCUUCUUGUUUUUGUUGUGGGAGGCAUCAAUGGUCUCGAGGUCCGUGAAGCUUGGGAGGCGGCAUCAGAAAGUGGUAGACCAGAUGUCGAGUUGAUUCUUGGCGGUACGACUCUUCUAACUCCUGAUGACAUGUUUGAUUUGUUGUUAGGGUCUUCUAGCUACUUCUAAUUCAUCUCCAUAUAACAUUUUUGAAAAGAAGGAAACACGAGGAAAAAAAGAGUAUAAUCUAUAUCGUCAUGUUGAUAUCAUGUAAAAUUUCAUGGGGACUAAUUGAGGUGACAAGAAAGCCUGCCAUAUCUAAAUCCAACCGAAUUUCUAA